AAAUUUCCACCUGAAUGUUUUGACCCAGUUCAGCAGCGAGCAUACAUUACACACGACGUGUUGUGUAUCGGCGUGUCUCGUGCUCUCUGGACUGUAGAUACGGAACGCCUUACGAUCCAUUCCGCCUGUCAUCAUCUUCCAUGUCGAAGUCGAAAGCAAUCCACGACGGGGUUUUACAUCUUUCGUGUCGGAGAUUCAAAACAGAAAUCGCUACUCUGGACUCUUUUGUUUCGGCUCAAGAACUCACUGAACGCGCCUUACUGCAGAUCGGCGAUAUUGUCGAGAUUGACCGAAUCAUAUAUUCGCAUUGGGCGCUCUAUGUUGGCAAUGGCGAGGUCGCGCACGUGACCGGCCCGCGCUCCGAUAUCGCCACCACAACAAAUGCACGUGUUGCCAGAUGCUCGCUGCUAGACGUUGUGGGAGACAGUCUCGUGCGCGUGAACAACAAGACAGUGCGUGCAAAGGAACGUGGCGUGUCCGUGCUUCCUGUUGACGUAACAGUGAAAAAUGCACUGAGUUUGGUGGGAAGCACCGUGACAUACAAUUUUCUCACAAGAAAUAGUGAACACUACGUCACUGAAUGGAGAUACGAUUCAUCAUGGAGUGAUGAGGCAGAAACUGCGUCCCACGCCAUGACCGUGUUUUCCUCCAGCCCCGUGCAGGAAUACCCAGAGGAGGCGCACAGAACAAUGCAAGUGGGGAUCACAAACAUCCUACACUCACCCACGAACUGCCAUUCGUCGACGUCGCCUAGCUACCUGGCCUCGUCGCCGAGCAACCAACAGCCUGAACAAAAUUGGGGAGUUGUCAGCCCCCCAGGCUGCAAAGUGGCAACGAAAGGACAGCACGUGGAGUCCUUUCAAAACAGUGUCUUUGUGGAACCAACUGACGAAUCAUCGGCCUUAGACGAGUGCAUUCGUGAACCACGUGACUUGUCUCCGCGUGAUGAUACCGCUAUCCGAAGAAAACCGAACCACCAUAUUGAUGUCCAGGCUGCGCAGAAUAGGCUAUGAAAAUCGUGUUUGUGAAACCAUGGAUGUAAAAUUAAGCAUAAUGAAUAUAAUAAUAAUAAUGCAGCAGUCUAACAAAAA